ACGGCGCAACGACCUCGUGACGUCACCGCAGCUGUUGUGGAGAAGGCGAUGAUGGCGGCCACGGGGUUCGCGGAGCCGGGGAGCGGCCGCACUGGCGCCUGUGGCUCGCUGCGGCCGCCUCACGGCGACAAACUGCGGCAGAUGAGCACCCAGGAGCUGCAGCAGCUGCUGGAGGAUGACGCCAAGCUGGAGAGCAUGGUGCGCGACAUGGAGGAGCUGGAAAACAUUCAGAUGGAGAAGGAGCUGUGCCUGGCCAGCAACCGCAGCCUGGCCGAGGAGAACCUGAAGCAGCAGCCGCAGCUGGAGGAGGGGCGACUGCUCCUGGCGCAGAAGUACCAGCAGCUUAAGACGCUACACGAAGCCUUCACGGAGAAGGCUGCCAGGAUCGAGAGCCGAGCGGACUCGCAGGGUGUGGAUACCCUGCUGGCACUGCUGCAGGCCGAGGGUGCCAAGAUCGAGGACGAAACAGAGAAAAUGGCCGAACACUUUAUGGAGGGGCAGCUGACGCUGGAGGAGUUUGUGGACGACUACCAGAACAAGCGGCGCUUGGCUCACAUGCGCCGUAUCAAGAUUGAGAAGCUGCAGGAGAUCAUCGCCAAGCAGCAGCAACAGCAGCCACAGGCGAACCAGCAGCAGCAGCAGCUGCAACAUAUACAGCAGCUGCAACAUAUGCAGCAGCAGCAGCAACGGCAUCACGCUGAGUGCGCACUGCCCGCAAGGCCCGCUCCACUGCCCCCCAUGCCCGGGAGGACAUCCAGCCCUGUGCACCCACAGCCCGGCCCCCAAAACUCAGCGCCCAACUCCAUGCACUACCCCUACUUCCAGGGCGCCUCCAUGCCAGCCCAGGCCCUCGACCCCAAUCGAGCGUUGCCGCCCCUCCAGCACCGGGGCCAGGGGCCCUCCAUGCCAGCCCCAUUCAGCUACCAGGGUCCGGGCUACGGAGCCCCCCAGCAGCCAGGGGGUUGGGGGCCCAUCCUGCACAGGGCUCCCAAUCCCCCUCCUCGGCCUGGGCAGUGGAACAUAGGUUCCCAGCCUCCUCCCCUGCCGCCCCGCUCUGGCCCGGCACAAAUUGGGUUCGUGAUGCCGCAGUAGUAGAGCCGACCAUCGACGCUGUAGCCCUUCGCUAUCACUAUCCCCUCACUCCUCUCAUUGCCACAUGAUGUAAUGUACAGAGAACGCUUUAUAUAUUUAAUUUUUAAACUUUACCAUAACUCCUGAAUACUUCAGAAUUGGGAUAUUCGGGCAAUAUCAGUUACUGUUUUUUUUAGCUGCGGGAGGAAAUCGCAGAACCCGAAGGAACCCAUGCAGAACAUGGGGAGAAAACAUACAAACUCCACAUAGGUGCCCAAGUCGGGAAUCGAACCCAAUAAAUUCUUGGUAUUAGGUAAGUGUUACCACUGCGCCACUACCCUGCCGCGCUGCAGACCCCUAACCCUUCAUCAUUGCAGCGUGAUUCCUCUCAGCGUGAUGCUGUGGAUCGUACAUUUGCAGAUUAACUGUCCUGACAAGAGCGUUUCUUGUUGGGCUUUGUGAGCGUCAGUGUCCAGGAGGAAGUCCCCAAGCUCCUUGAGCCCUGAUGUGGCACGAAGCACAACUGCGCCACAUGUGCCCUUGGAGAGUAAACCGUUUAUUUUGCUUAACCAGGUGAGAAUUCAAGAGACAAGGAUGAGUGUAAUUUCAAGAGUGACCGUGGGUCACCAAAAUCACAAUAAAGACAGCAAUGAAGCAAAUAGAAAUCAGUGCCAAAACAACCAAACACAAGUUGGUGUAAAACAACCAACAUACAUUUGUGUAAAACAACCAACAUAAGUUGGUGUAAAACAACUGCGUUUAAAACUGCAAAAACGUGAAUCUAUAUUUAAUUAAAUACAUUUCCUGUAGCGAAAUUUGGCUCGGAACAAUUUAGUUUGAAGAAGCUCACGUUGAAUAGUGCUGGUGUAUAUCCCCCCACGUGCAGGAACAUCCUGCGUUUGCGCUCACGGGACUCGUUGCAAGGAGUGGUCUCGGAUCGGUUGGGUUCUCUGCUGCCGGACAGGCCCGCUGGUAGUCUUGGCAGGUGGUUGUUGCUCAGACACGAGGAGUUGUGUACCGGGUGGUGGGUAGUGCGGAUGGGACUCGGCGCGGGGUGGCCGUUGUGCAUGUUGGGAGUUGCACCGCUCAUAUUUGGCAAACGGUCGUCUCCCGGGCGAUGUAAAGUGAUCUUCUGUUGAACUUGUAUCAAUAAGUCUGUUUUGCGUGCCGUGAACAUUUUACUUUGUAAUAAAUGCUAUAGUGUAGGGUUUAGUGCAUUUUCUUCCUAUCAUAUGUAUGUUUAAUCUGUAUACACAAUGGAAAUGGAAUGGAAUGAGAAAUGUAAUCGUGCAUUGGAAGCCACUGCACGAGUCUGCGAUGAUGUUAACAGAACUGGCAGCAGCGAGGAGGAGGAGGCCGCGGUGGGAACCCCCCCACGGUGUCGCCAGGCCAGACAGCAGCAGCAGCUGUCUGCUCGAUUCAAGAAACGUGUCAACUUGAAUCGAUUACAACUUUGACAGUGCUGAGUUGGGCCUGGGUGCAGCGGCAGAGCGAGCCAAUUGCAAUUGGAAGGUUGCGAGUUCAAAUCCUGGUUAUUGUAUGUACUGUAUGUUGAACUUCUUUCGCACCAUAUGUAGACAAGUGCUCAUUGGAUGUGCGAGGGAAGGACAACACACAAGACAAAAAUAAGUUCUAAAGAAAUUGGUAUUCAAUCUAGAUUUAAAAGUGCAUAAUCUAGUGGCUUCCUAAUAUUGCAAUGAAGAGCGUUCCAGACGGCUGCAGAACCGCAUCUGAAAGCACGUGAUGCAGUGACCGUCUUUGUUCGAUGGUCAUCCAAAAGCUGCUGCGAGAAUGACUGGAGUUGGUGUGAUGGUUUAUCGUCCUUGACGAGGUCAGCAAGUUGUGGGCGGUUGACUCAGCCCAUCAUCCUAGAGUCGGUAAAGUGAACACCACUUCCUGCGUUUAAAAAUAAAACCGUAGCACUUGCAUUUAUUUUCAGUUAGGGUUUUCUCACCAUAUAAACUAAACUAUUACGUAACACAAUUCUGUUUUAUGUACCGAAUCUGCCUUCAAAUCGGUGGUUGAAAUAAACACGUCGAGCUUGUAGGUGUGGUGGGGGUACCAAAGCGCGCCGCGUCCCGACUCCGCGGCCUGUGCGCGCGUCCUUUGCGACACUUGGGCUGCGGGUUCGGGUCUCCACCUUUUCCACCACAGACUAAAUCUGAACACUUUUCUCAGUCAGCCUCGGUCUGUCUACACAGCAGUAUAUCUGAUGAGAGAGUUCAACAGGGGCUCGUGGCAACCCAAGUGGUUGCACGGGGCCAUUGGGGGCCAUUCAGAAACUACGAGAACUUUGUUGGUCCCGAGUGGCCGCCUCGCUCCACCGAGCGGGGCCGAGUUCAUUUCUGAGCUUGUUGCUUCUGGACGAGAUGUCGCAAGAGAAUCCCCAAUCCUGUGUUGGCUUUUGUUUUGGUAAAACUGGAAAAUGCCGUGAUAUUUCAAAAUCAUGAUGUCUUUGUAUAUAUCGUAUCAUGUUUCUAUUUACAAUUAAACAUCGGUGAUCUGGG